GCUAUGCGGCCUCCUAUCGAAGCUGUGCAGCCCGAGCUCCCCGAAGAUUUGCUCCCCGGCCUCUCGGCACAGAUCCAGGCCAAUAUGUCGGAGCCGGCAGUCGACCUGGUCCAGGCUCAGCGCAAGGUGAGAGAGAAGACGAGGCUCGAGGCGGCAGCCAAAGUAGUGAAGGACGCCGAAGAAAAGCAGGCCAAAACCGCAGCAAAAACGAAGGGCAAAGGUCGGGGCAGGGGACGUGGCCGCCGUGAGCAGCAGGAGCCAAGCAGCGAACAGGCCCCAAAGGAGCAGGAGCCAAGCAGCGAACAGGCCCCAAAGGAGCAGGAGCCAAGCAGCAAAAAGGCCCCAAAGGAGCAGGAGCCAAGCAGCAAAAAGGCCCCAAAGGAGCAAGAGUCAAGCAGCAAAAAGGCCCCAAAGAAGCAAGAGCCAAGCAGCGAACAGGCACCAGAGGAGCAGGAGCCAGAACCCGAGAAGGAAGCCGCAAAGAAGCUAGGUCGGGGGAAAAAGCCACCGGUAGCCAAGUCGACCCCGGAAGACAGCCCACGUGCAGCCCUUUGGCAGACGAAG